AUGCACCUGCCCGCAGAGAUAAUCAGCAAGAUCUUGGAGGAGUUGAUCAAUGUUCCCGAGACGAAGUUUCACCCAUUCGAUGCUGACAGUUCCUUCUCGCGCCGUAUCUUAUGGGAGGAUGUGAUUUGCACAGAUCACUACGAUAACCAUCGAAUCAAUGUAGGCCAGUCAGCCCUCGCGCUUCGCCUGAUCUCACGGGAAUGGAAUCGAUGGGUGACAGCCACGAUGCAAAAACAUUUCACAUGGAAGGUCGACUUUGGCUCACCCGACUCUCUCAGGAAGGCUUUGGCUUGUCUUCCGGAGCUAAAUGAAGGUUCUGCUCAAGGCAAUGGAAUAUUGCCGACUCGCGAGAUUGUCAGACGACUGGUGGUUAAGCCUGGGAAGGAGGCUCGUUUCAUAUUCGUCAUGGGUCACCCCAAGAAAUGGAAUCUCAAUGACCUUCUGCUUCAACUGUUCCGCCGUUUGGGACACGUGGAAUCUUUUGCUCUGCAUUUCCCACCAGGGAACUCAAAUGAUCCAGAUGUAGCCAACUCCUUUAUCGAAGCAGUAGCCCACUGCUUCCAUCAGACCAAAUCAUCGACUCGUAUAACAAGUCUUCAGCUCAAGGUUCCCAGUACCUAUCAUGCAGCACAGGCCUUCCAAGCCAUUCUGCCCGAUAGGCCGGUGCAAAUCCGGAACCUUCUGGUCGAAAUCCUCGAUUCCUCCGGGAAGUCGGGAAGCAGAGACUAUCUGAGGGAAUCAUAUAUGGAGGACGAAGACGUUGAUGGAACCGCGGAAGAAUCGGAAGAUGACGAAGCAGCGCUAGACUACGACUCGAGCUUUGACAGAUCGCCGCUUCAGCGAAGAUACCCGAACAGACGACACCAACAAGAACUAUGGGAGUGCAUCACUCUAUGCAAAAACCUGGAAGCGUUGAGUAUUCAGGGUACUCAUUACCUCGAUUUGGGCCGGCUUCGCUGGCCAGGUCUGUCUAAUUUUACAGACCUUCGUGUCCUUCAUCUUGGCCGGCUCUAUAGCGGUGUCACGCCCAUCCAGAAACUUAUCAUACGGUGGGGGAGACCACCUUCUCUACGGAAGCUUUCUCUACGGAAGCUUAUAAUAGACGACGUGAAAAUGCCAUUGGACGAAGGAAUAUGGGGCGCAGUUCUUCAUUUUCUUUUGGAUGAAUGUCCAGAUCUCGAAUUGUUCUUUGUCUAUAAUUUGAGUUAUUUUAGUGAUGUCGGCCGGGCAUGCGGUCUCAGCUCACCAGAAGAUGGCACUGUCAUUGAUUCUAGUGAAGAUGAUGAUUCGGAACCAUUGGAAGAACUUGUUCAUAUAUUCGCGGACAAAUGUGGCAGUUCUGAUACCUGGCCGUAUUGGCUGAGGGAGAUGGGAGAAUCUUUGGACAUCCUGGAGGAUUACCAGAAGAAGUGA